CGUCAGAGACCAACCAGCAAACCAUCCCAUCUCCUACUCAGGACCUGUACUUAGCAUACUCGCGAUCCGUUCCUAAAACAACAUUCAUCAUUAAAACCUACCUUUCCGGUUCUUUUUACAGAAAUCCAUCUUCACCAUGGACGCACAGACUCAGGUCGAUAUUAGCAAGCUGAAUGAUGCCGACAAGAACGAACUGAGCCAAAUGUUGGCAAACGAGCAACAAAAGGCUACGAUGCAGCAAACCGUCCAUUCGUUGUCCGAUAUUUGCUGGAAGAAAUGUAUCGCGGGAAAGAUCUCAUCAGGUCGCCUGGAACAAACCGAGGAAACAUGCGCGCAGAACUGCGUUGAGCGGUGGAUGGAUUCGAACCUUGCGAUCCUGAAGCAUCUCGAAGCUCUUCGUGGAUAAGAUGUAUAAUUCUUGUCUUCUACUUUUUCAACGAAAAGCAGCGGGCUCAUGCAUAGAGCACGUCUGCCGUCACCCUGCAUGUAAACGGGUACCUCAUGUAUUAUAUCAAUCAUAUCAAUAGAAGGACGUGCUGGCUUUGCCACAUGGAAUAGCACUGUGAGUGUGUCGGAGGUUCACUUUUCAGCUCUGGUGGCUUGCGCAUGUAAUACUGUGACAUACAUAGAUUUGUACCCUCUUAACUAAACACUAGGCCUAGGAUAGGCAAGUAGCCUAGGAGUCCGCGGCAAUGGUUUAAGAUCUACGGAGCCUAGAACCAGAUUUAUUCGUGGUAUUCAUGCAUUCGAGUAAUUCCCUCUUCUUUUUUGGAAACGAUCAUUCAGCCCUCAUUCAAGCAUUGGCAGCUAACUUUAUGACUGAUAUUUAUGAACCACCGCGCAAAAUAAAAAUUCACCCAAACCCUAA